UUGGAAAACUUGCAGCCCGAGAUCAAAAAACUAGCUGAGCGUCUUCGCUAUGAAGUUUCUGUUCGUGGAAAGCAACUGGGUUGGUCUGAAAAGAUGGCCAGGUUCCACUUCAAGAAAAACCUGCGGAGGAUUAUUACGGAGCUGUACAUUCGAGACAACUGCCAUCCCUUCAAAGCCACUUUACUGGUGUGGGUACAGAUUCCCAUGUGGGUUUGCGUGUCCCUGGCUUUGCGCAACUGCAGCAUUGGUGCCACGAGCUCAGAAGUUCAAGAACAGUUUUCGGCGGGCGGAGCUUUGUGGUUUACAGACCUCACAGCACCAGAUUCUACCUGGAUUUUGCCAGUUUCACUCGGGCUCGUGAAUUUGCUGAUAGUGGAGAUCUUUGCUUCACAAAAAAAGGAAAUCUCCAGGCUCCAGAAGCUUUCUACGAACUUCUUUCGGGUGGUCUCAGUAGUGAUGAUCCCUGUUGCUGCAACAGUCCCGUCUUCCAUGGCAUUGUACUGGCUGUCCUCCAGCCUCGUGGGGCUCUCACACAACCUGUUGCUGCGUUCCCCGACCUUCCGUCGGCUGUGCUGCAUUCCCAGGACCAAGUCUGACUCGGACACUCCUUACAGGGAUGUUGUGUCUGCCCUGGCCACCAAAUACGGGUUGAAGAAGUGAUGUCGUUGGAGCUGUCAGAAGAGCUGACCCAC